AUGUGCGAGUUGUCCGAUCUGACGGACGAAGGUCAACUGCGAGCCAACGUUCGCUACGGCCUUAUGGCCGUGUUUGGCGGCGCAGUUGCCAUAUUUGGCUGUGGAGCGAAUGCAAUAUUGGCUUAUCUAUUUAUUGGCAAAUUCAACUACCGCCAUUCACCGUUCUUCUUCAUGGGAUUCGUGGCGUUCUUCGACACUCUUAUUGAUGUCAUGUACCUCUUUGUUAAUGUAAGGGCAUAUCUUUUUGAAAAAUAAUAGUAGGGUGUUGUAGGGUAGAGUAAAGCAGGGUAGUUAGCGUAGGGUAGGGUAUUGCAAGGUAAGGUAGGAAGUUUAAGGUAGGGUAUUCUAGGAGAGUGCAGGGUAGAAUAAAGUAGGGUAAGAUAAGCUAGGGUAAGUAAAGCAGGGUAAGACUAGGAUAGCGGCUUGAAAAAACGACAAGUAAAAAGUUUUGUCGUUUUCAAAAAGCACUUUUCAUGUUAAUAAACGACAAGACUUUUUGACCUUCUAGUAGCACUUUUGCUCCCCCCCCAUUGUAAUACGAUUUAAAAAACACCCUGUAAAAUCAGUACUUUGACCACGCAAAUUUUAUAAACAGACCCAGACUGCACUUCAGACAACCUUGUUUAUUUUAUCAUGCUUUUUUGCAUGACUUAAAGAAUCCAAGAAAAAUACUCAAAAACCUCACGUUUUGGACUUCCUGUUUUUAGACAACCUUUACACUUUUCCUAGGCAUAGACAUAUAAUUUUACCUUACUCAAACAAGCAAUCAGUAUUAUAACAAAAAAAACAAAUUUCAAAACAAAAUUUUCAAAUACCAAAAAAAAAUUUUUUUGAUGACAUUACGACCCCCACCCAGAGUCCAUAUGUCGUCAAGUAGACCUACUGUAACACCUAAAUCAAAAAAAAACUUUCUAUGCAGCUUGCCUAACCUAACCACCUUCCAGACCCUCCCAAUAAGUUCGCAACAAUUCCUAUGGAAAUCCAUCUACUUAUUAUGGCUGAAACACGCCCAAUGGCUAUUAGUACUGGUACAGAUAUUCAAAUUAACCUCAACGUUUUGUCUCGUAAUCGCGAGUUACGAGCGAUAUCACCUUACGAAACACUGGACUACCAGUGGUUUCGACUAUCGAACACGAUGGAUCUUGUUGGUGAUGAUAGUCGGAAUGGGGGUUUUUAUCAAGGUUUUUCAUCCUACGGUAAGCUUGAUGUGACUAGAAGUUAGAUCAAUGUUAGCUUAUAUAUUGUUCGGUAUAAGACUACUAAUUUUGAAAAACAACCCUUAACAAUACCCUCAAGCCUAAAACAAUAUCAAAAGAUAAUGUAAACAUUACAGCUCUACGUAACAGUACGUCGACCAGAAUGUACCUCAUUAUUUUCCCGGCUAAACGUUGAAAGAAUGGCCGCUACCGACAGCUUAACUAGUCUAUUCGACGUUCUUGUAGUAGCCCUACCAUUUUUUACCCUAAUAUUUUUAAACGGAGGCAUUGUGUACAUGAUACGACGACAAAACGUACAACAACUAAGGUUUUUAAUUACUGAACUAACAAUGGGCAAAGACCUGACUGAAGUUAGAAAACAGAAUCUACGGUCGGCAACAAACACGUUGUUAUUCAUCAUUACAACGUAUUUGAUUGCCAACACGUUAGGAUUCUUUAUGACUAUUGUAGAGUAUUUUUAUCCUAGUAAGUUUAUAUAUAUAUACACCUGUAGUUAAAUAUAACCCUUUAGGUUCAAAAUUACUACCACUUAAUACCCAUAUAACUAGCAUUAACUUAGCAAUCCUUAACUAAGACCACUUUUAGACUACUACGAAACGUACUACCCUCACGCCUAUCGUAUGGCCGCUGACCUAUCCAGCCUCCUAACAGUAAUAGGUAACGCGUUGCGCUGCCCGGCUCACUUAAUCGUGAACGCCGAAAUUCGCGACAAAAUGUUCGACCUAUGCUGCGUGCGUUGGCGGCGUGUGGAGAUGAAGGUAAAUCAUCUGAUAAGCCAGGUAGGGGUGAAUUCUGUAGGGGUGUUUGUGAUUAGUCAACCGUUUAUUGCUUUUAUAGUUUUGGCAAAAACAGAGAUUUAAUUUGUUCUUAUAGCUUUAGUAGUACAGUAGUAGUAAUAGUAGUAGUAGUAGUAGUAGUAGUAGUAGUAACAAAAACAGUCCGAGGUAAUGAAUUUAUUACUAGAAUAUCCAGUCAGUCAUUGCAGAAAUACUUUUAUAUUCGGGUUAGAACCAACUUUACCAGUAGAUCAUCUAGAACCAGAUGUGUAAUUUCCAAGUUAUUCAGUAGGAGUAAAUGUCACACGUAUAUAUCAGUAGUCUGUUUUGUAAACCUAGAUAAGCAACUGAUUAUCCUUCUGAAUGUAGCGGUAGAACCAUUUCCGUGUAGUAACAACUCUAGUAAUAGUUGUAAAAGAGCAUAGGUUUAAGAUCUUCUGCGUAGCUGCUAGGUUCCUGAAAAUAAAUAUUAGUCAACCAAACUUCGAGCUACAAAACCAAACAAAAAAUUGAAAAAUAAUAUUUUAGCCCACAAAGCUUCAAGGCCUAGAAACCAUGCAUCAAAAUCAAUGGGAAUCGCCGUGGUUUUCCGCAUUAUUAACAACGCGUGAUACUUUGUCAGCAAUGGACGAUGCUACAUCAGAUAAAGACGUUUUCCUGCGUCGACGUUCAGCUCAAAGUCUAAACCCUAUCUUUGAUAGGGAAACGAUACGACGGCUGUCUAACGUGGGGAUUGUUUAG